AUGCAGAAGUACACGGCCAAGCUGCGCAAUGCGCCUGUCUCGCAUGUAGUGGCUUUCCUGAUACUUCACGAAAUCACGGCAAUUGUCCCUCUCUUUGGCCUCUUCGGGCUCUUCCACUACACGGACUAUGUACCAUUGGGGUACAUGAUGGAGCACUAUGGCACAUAUGUCCAAGACGGUGUCAAGCGAUUUGAGAAAUAUUUCAGGAGGAAAGGCUGGUUUGGAUUUGGCGACGAGCAGAACGAGGGCGAUACAGGACUAGUUGCCGAACCUGGCACACAAGACGCAGUCAUGGAGAAGUGGAGGAGUGACGAGACCAAGUAUAAGGUCGUGGUUGAGGUGGCCCUGGCAUAUGCAAUCACAAAAGCUCUACUGCCUUUGCGAAUACUGGGUAGUCUCUGGGCAACUCCCUGGUUUGCGGGCGUCCUUGUAACAGCACGGCAGCUAGCAAGACGGAAAUAG